AUGGAGUACUACCUUUGCAACGAGUGCUGCCUCCCAAUGAGUGCUGCCUUCGCAAGGAGUGCUGCCUUCGCAAGGAGUGCUGCUUUCGCAAUGAGUGCUGCCUUCGCAAUGAGGGCUGCCUUUGCAGGGAGUGCUGCCUUCGCAAGGGGUGGUGCCUUCACAAGGAGUGCUGCCUUUGCAAGGAGUGCUGCCUUCGCAAGAAGAGCUGCCUUCGCUAGCAGUGCUGCCCUUCUAAGGAGAGCUGGCUUCACAAGGAGUGCUGAUAUCGUUAGGAGUCCUGCUUUCGCAAGGAGGGCUGACUUCGCAGGGAGUGCUGCCUUUGCAAGGAGUGCUGCCUUCGCAAGGAGUGGUGCCUUCGCAAGGAGUGCUGCCUUCGCAGGGAGUGCUGCAUCCGCAAGGAGUGCUGCCUUCGCAAGGUGUGCUGCCUUCGGAAGAAGUGCUGCCUUUGCAAGGAACGCUGCCAUCACAAGGAGUGCUGCCUUUGGAAGGAGUGCUGCCUUCGCAAGGAGUGCUGCCUUCGCAAGGAGUGCUGCAUUCGCAAGGAGUCCUGCUUUCGCAAGGAGGGCUGCCUUCGCAGGGAGUGCUGCCUUCGCAAGGGGUAAUGCCUUCGCAAGUAGUUCUGCUUUCGCAGGGAGUACUGCCUUUGCAAGGAGUGCUGCCUUCCAAGGAGUGCUGCCUUCGCAAGGAGUGCUCCCUUCGCAAAGAGUGCUGCCUUCGCAAGGAGUGCUGCCUUCGCAAGGAGUGCUGCCUUUGCAAGGAGAGCUGCCUUCGCAAGGAGUACUGCCUUCCCAAGGAGUGCUGCCUUGGGACAGAGUGCUGCCUUCCCUAGGAGUGUGCCUUCGUACAGAGUGCAGCCUUCGCAAGGAGUGCUGCCUUCGCAAGGUGUGCUGCCUUUGCAAGGGGUAA